AUGCGUGCGGGAAUUCUCUUUCUCGUUGCUGCUGCAUCUGCUUACAUGCAAUUGGACUUCAAGGUCAUGAAGGGCCAUGAGUUCAAACACUUCCAAAAGAGAGCGCUGACUAACAGCAUUAUUGAGAACGAAGCUUUGUUCUACUUGGCCAACAUUGAAAUGGGUUCUGACAACCAGAAGGUUGGCGUUCUCUUGGACACAGGCUCUUCGGAUUUGUGGGUUCCUCAAACAGGAUGUGUUUACGGAGAAAGUGUUGAGUGGGUUCAGAAUGCAAGUCCAGCAGAGGCUGCAGCUAACUCCCAACAAUGCGAAGGUUACGGCUCCUACAGUCCAUCCUCUCUGAGCACGUUCAAGCGUGUGUACGAUGAUGUGCCUUUCAGCAUUCAGUAUGCUGAUGAGUCUUAUGCUUUGGGCUACUGGGCCCAAGACCUGGUGUCUUUCGGUCCCCUGGCUCUCCUGAGCUUGACCUUCGGUGUGGCUGACAAUGUAACCUCUGACAUUGGUGUCUUGGGUAUCGGAAUGAUGGAUCUUGAGUCGUCGAACAGCUCUCUUGCCGACUCGUUUGAGUACAAGAACUUCCCUGCCGCUUUGAAAGAUGAGGGUCUCAUCAAGAGUAACUCUUACUCAUUAUACUUGGGAACAAACAACGUUUCUGAAGGUCUGAUCCUUUUCGGUGGUGUUGACCACGGUAAGUACGACGGAAAACUUUACAGAAUGCACAUUGCCAAUGAAUUUGCCCUUCUUGGCGAUGGUCCCAUCUACUCCAAUGUGAUUUUGGACGGAAUUUCUGGUUACGGUUUCGAAGCCGUCCAACAAACUCCAGCUUUGCUUGAUUCCGGUACCAGUUUGCAGUACUUGCCUGGCAAGUACGUUGAUGCGGUUGCAUCCUAUCUCGAAGCCACCACUUUUGAUGAUGACCAAGGUAUGUACGUGGUUCCAUGUCUGCUCUUGCAACUGACAGACUCGAUCUCGUACUACUUCAGCGGGGUUGAGAUUGUCGUUCCUAUCAGAGACUUGCUCUACCAAUACGACCAAUGUUACUUGGGAAUGAUUGACUCUGGUGAUGGAACCACCAUCUUGGGUGACACUUUCUUGAAGAGUGCUUACGUUGUCUACGACUUUGACAACUUGGAAAUCGCUCUUGCGCAGGCCGCAGUGGAGCCUAGAGCUGAAACCAUCGAGGACAUUGUCACUGCUAUUCCCCUGGCCGUGAAAGCUCCAUUCUACGACUACACCUCGUUGGAAAUUGUCUACACUCGUGUUGACGGAAACGCCACUCUCACCACUCGUCAUGUUGCUGAACCUACCUUCUCUUUCAACACCGGUCCUCGUCCAUCGAUUAACUUGGGCGGCACUGCUUACGCCACACUUACUGGACCUGUUGAUGUCAGUGGCACAGCUGAGCCUCUGUCGUAUGGACCUUCUGAUGCCAUUUCCGCUUCUCCAUCUUCUGGCUCUGUUGCUGCCACUGUGACUGCAGAGCCAUCUGGUGCUUCUGCUUCUGGCUAUGCAUCGUCUGCUUCUUCAUCAUCAUCUGCUUCUUCUGGUGCUUCUUCUGCCGCCGGUGCUUCUUCUGGUGCUUCUUCUGCUGUUGGUGCCUCUGCUAGUGCUGUUGUUACCACUGACGCAUCUGGUAACGUUAUUACUGUGACUGACUCUUUGGUUUCGUACUACGCCACCUGCUCUUGUGAGGAAGAGUCCACCACCUCGGAGUCUCCAUCUAUUAGCUACACCACCUACACCACCGAGAUUGUCAUCACCACUUCUUGCACCGACAUAGGUUCUGAAAGCACGUACACCACUACUGAGAUCACCGAGGUUGUGGUGACUGUCCCAUGUUCCACCGAGACUGGCAGUGUCACUUCCGGAGCCUCGUCAAGCGAAGUUUCUGAGUACGUCUCCACUUACACUACCGUUUCCUCGGUGUACGGCACACCAUCUGUUCCGGUUGACGUUGUUUCUUCUGGCGUUCCAGUCGGCCCUGCUGUUUCCAGCGCCCCCGCUCCUUCCAGUUCCAUCCCAGUGUCGGGAUUUGUUUCUUCCUCCACUUCCUCCGGAAGCGCCGUUCCUUCUACAAUUUCUCCUAUUGACUCCGGUGCCAGUGCCUUGAGAAGAGGUGCCUUGUCCAUGGUUACCGGAGCUCUUGCCGCUCUUUUCUUCAUUUAG